UCGCUGCCGCAGAAGAAGAAAUUGUAGUUUAAAGAUGGCGCUACCCGGCGUUUCACUCGUGCGGCUCAGAGCUCUGUGUAAUGUCGCCAAAUGUGUCCACACAGGAGGCCAGACAGCGUCCAGGUGGAGCAGACCAAUGCAGUGGUAUAGCACGAAAGCAAGAAGCUUUCAGGAGCUCGGUCCAUCACCUUUCCAGACCAAACGAGGCCUCUUGGAGGAGUUUCCAGAUCCUAAAGGUCUCUUGAAUAACACCAUCUCCCGUUCACUGGGAGUCAACGACAUGUCCCAGCUCAUCCAGUACAGCUGCACGGAGCAUGCUGGUGUCAAGAAAGUCACUGUCAGACUAAUGUGGCCCUGCAAGAUCGAAGAGGAGGGUCAAGCCUCCAAGAGGGUCGACGCAGAGCGGAUUGCUGCGGCUGCUGCUUGUCUCAAACUCAGAGAAAUGGGUGUCAUUGGUCCAGAUAAUCAGCUCCCCAACAGGAGAACUGGCCGGAAGAGAGGGGGGCUACAUUCAGCUCUUCAUGAUUACGAAGACGGCUUGAAAGAGAAUUUCAUUGUGCCCGGUAUGAAAGUGGAUGAGCACAAACAGCAGCUGCCAACCGGAGAAGACGCCUCAAAUAUCUCUGAAGCCCUUUCCCUGUUUCCACAACCUAAAUCUCUCCUCUCGAGGGUCCUCCAGGUGGCCACGUCAUCCAACAGAAGCAGGGAGCUGCUUCAUUAUAGAACAACAGGAGGGAAGAUAAAGAGGUGUGAGCUGAACGUGCGCUGGCCAGAGGAGAUGACGUUCUCAGCCACAGCGAGCAACCGAAUGACGGCGGAGAAAAUGGCAGCAGCUCUGGCCUGCAUGAAACUGAAGGAGCUGGAGCUGCUGGAUAAAAACAACAACCCGCUGACUCAUGCCAAGUACCAUCGUGAGCAGGUGAGGGAGGCUGGAGAGCGAGAGAGGCGUCCACUACCCCUGGAAGUCCCAGAGUACCUGGAGAAAGACGUGAGAGAGUACCUCGCACAGUACCCAGCAGCAACAGAAGUACAGAAGCUUUGGGAAGACGAGGAGAUGAGAGAACGGCAGACGGUAAAUGAGGCGAACGAGGAGGAAGACUGUGUGUCAGACGCCAUCACAGGCAGGCCAUACAAGCCCCUGUCUGAACAGCAGGCUCAGGAGCUCAGCGCCUACCUGCAGGAGGAAUGGGAGCAGGCGAACCCCGUGUUGAAUGUGGAGCUCCCGGCCGAUGCCCACCGCGAACGCGUGGUCUCGGCAGUGCGGUCCUCCAGGGUGGUGGUGAUCGCUGGCGAAACAGGAUGUGGAAAAACGACACGGAUCCCCCGCUUCCUGUUGGAGGAGAGCGUAAGAGCUGGUGAAGGGGCCGAGUGCAACGUCCUGGUGACCCAACCACGGCGGAUCAGCGCUGUGUCCGUGGCUCAUCGUGUUGCUCAUGAGAUGGGUCCGGCUUUAAAAGGCUCUGUGGGAUAUCAGGUGAGACUUGAGAGCCGACCACCGGAGCACAGUGGCGGAGCCUUGCUCUUCCUCACGGUGGGCGUCCUGCUGAGGAAGAUGCAGUCGAACCCGUACCUGAUGGGAAUCAGCCACGUGGUGGUGGACGAGGUUCACGAGAGGGACAUUAACACAGACCUGCUGCUGGCUCUCCUAAAGUCCUGUUUAGACAAUAACCCCGACCUACGAGUGGUGCUUAUGAGCGCUACUGGGGACAAGCAGCGGCUGGCUCAGUACUUUGGAGGCUGUCCAGUCGUGAAAGUGCCUGGGUUCAUGCACCCGGUGAAGGACCGAUACCUGGAGGAUGUGAUGGAAGAGAUGGGACGCCCGCUUCCAGUCCAGCAGAGAGUGCACACAGACAAGCAGGGAGGAAGACACGAGGUUGCACUGGAUCUAGAUUUAGUAGCUGAUGUAAUCGAGCACAUAGACAAAUGUGAAGAGCCAGGUGCAGUGUUGUGUUUCCUUCCUGGCUGGCAGGACAUCAGGGCUGUUCAAGAGAAACUGGAGGCGAAGCAGCAGUUUUCCUCAGGCUCGCAGAUGAUUGUGCCAUUGCACUCAAAUUUAUCAGUAGCAGAUCAGCAGGUUGUGUUCCAGCGCCCUCAAGUGGGCCAGAGAAAGAUCGUCCUCACCACUAACAUUGCUGAGACCUCGAUCACCAUAGAUGACAUCGUCCAUGUGGUGGAUACAGGAACUCAUAAAGAACAGAAUUAUGACCCACUGACUAAGGUCUCGUGUCUGGACACAGUUUGGAUAUCUCGCUCUAAUGCCACUCAAAGAAAGGGGAGAGCAGGUCGAUGUCAGCCGGGACAGUCCUACCACCUGUUCCCACGAAAGCAGCUCGAGUCCAUGACUCCCUUUCCUGUCCCUGAGAUCCUGCGCACACCAUUGGAAAGUUUAGUAGUGCAAGCCAAAAUCCACAGUCCUGACUGCAAGGCUGUAGAUUUCUUAUCCCAAGUGUUGGACAGUCCCGAGAAGCAAGCCGUGAGAGAUGCUGUCCGAAAUCUACAAGACAUCGGCGUUCUGGACAAGACAGAAACCCUGACGCCUUUAGGAGAGCGUAUUGCAUGUCUGUCAUGUGACCCUCGCCUGGGCAAAGUGCUGGUCCUGAGCGCCAUGUUCAGAUGCGUUCUGCCCAUGCUCUCUGUCGCUGCAUGUCUGACCAGAGACCCUUUUCACAACAGCCUGCUGAACAGAGCACAAGUCAAAAAGGCGAAAGAGGCUCUGAGCGGGUCCACCUACAGCGACUAUUUGGUGUUCGUUAAGGCUGUGUUGGGCUGGAGGAAAGUCCAGCAUGAGGGGGACAGAGAGGACCGAGAGGGAUAUCUGGAAGAACACACUCUGUCGAGGUUCAGCCUUCGAUUCAUCAAUGGUCUCAUCUCUCAAUUUAGCACGAACCUGCAGGAAGCUGAGCUGGUGUCUCACGCCAAUGAAUGCCAGCGUCACACUUCUCUCUACAACGAGCACAGCAACCAGGAUGAGCUCCUAAAAGCUGUACUGCUGGCUGGACUCUAUCCCAACCUCAUUCAGGUGAAGAAAGGUGCUGUGACCAAAGGACGCUUCCGCCCAGACAGUGUGUUUUUCCGCACGUUCAGUGGGCCAGUACUGCUUCACCGCUCCUCAGUGAACAGAGGGAAAAAAGAGCUCCCUAGUCGCUGGUUGACGUUCUUCAGCGCUGUCAAGUCCAACGAUAAUGUUUUCAUCAGAGAUUCUUCUGCUGUCCAUCCCCUCGCCCUGCUGCUGUUCACAGACUGUGAUAUCUCAGAGUCAGUGAAGGGAGACAGAGUGGAAGUAUCUCUUAUUGGAAACUCUCUGGUGCGCUGCGAGUUGCCGGUUCAGACCUGGGAGCUGCUGUGGGAUCUCCGCACUUCCAUCCAAACCAUGCUGCACCGUAACCUCAACAAUCCUGGCAACGCGAUCACCAACUCUGAUCAAGAUGGAAAGCUCAUCUCGUUACUCGUGGAGCUGCUCAACACUACAGACUCAAACCCCUUUGUUCAGAACAGCGACAGUGAGGUGGACUGAUGACAUGGAGCACUUUAUACAUGUGUGUAUGUUGGAUCUGCUGGCUGGUACAGGGGAACCAAAGAGGAUGAUGCACUCUAAUUUGUUUUGUCUCUUUUUGUUUGUAAUUGAGCCUGUAUAUAAUGUGCUGAACUAUUCAAGACUCUUGAAGAGCAGUCUUCUUCUUGAGGUAAAUGAAAGACCUCAUAUGGUGUGAGGAAAUCCAUUGGUUUGGAUUUUGGACUGUGG